UGUUGCGGGGACAGCAGGUGUUCAUUGCGUGUGAUUUAUUUAGCACUCGUGGAACAACACAAAAAUCGCACUAGUUUGUGAACAGACAACAAGAUAGGAAGUAGCCUAAAAGGGGCUUCCAGAGGAACUGCUUAGACGGGGAGUCGUUGUCGGGAGCACUAUAGGACUGGUGGUACAGCAGUGUGGAGGGAGUGUCGUGUCUCUGCAUAACUUCCUAAAGGUGGUCCACUUGUUAUUGGCCAAGCUGAAAGUGGACCAUGUAAAAUCGCUGUUAAUGGCUCCUCUAAAGAUUCCCUGGCCCCCCUCACGAUCUCACAGUUAGCAUCCUUGGAACGAAGGCAUAUCGUGUGCUGGGUGUGAUAAGCAGCCUUGAGAGGCUGGGAGUGGAUGGGAACCCUCUGGAUGGACUACACAUGGCUGUCAUGGAGACGAAUUGCAGUAGCAUUACUGCUGGCUUACCUAGGCUGCCUUCAAGUUCAGGCAUCCUGCCGCAUUCUCAGGUGCAACUCUGAGUUUGUGGCCGCUACGGGGGGCGGGGGCAGCAGGGAGGGGGCCAGGAAUGCGGAUUACUGCAGCGCCCUGCGUUCUUUCGCCCAAUGCACCCGGCGCAGUGCUAGGGCCUGCCGUGGAGACCUGGUCUACCACUCAGCUGUGCAGGGCAUCGAGGACCUCCUCAUACAGUAUCGCUGCCCCAGAGAGGGGCCCACCGCCCAGCCGAGGCCCCUGCCCCAAGCCCCCAUCUCUGGAGAUGCCUGUCUCUACGAGAAGGGCUUUUUACAGCGUGAAGGUCGGGCUCCAGAGUAUGUCCACUGUGGGGUGUUUGGGGACCCUCAUGUGCGAACGUUUCGAGAUGAGUUCCAGACUUGUGCAGUGCAAGGAGCCUGGCCGUUAAUAGACAAUGAAUACCUCUAUGUGCAGGCCACCAGUGCACCCAUGACAGAAGGGGGCCACGCGUCAACCCUGACAAAGAUAACCAUCAUCUUCAAGAACUGGCGCCAGUGUAUCGAGCAGCAGAUCUACCAGGCUGAGCUGGACAACGUUCCAGCAGCCUUCGUGGAUGGCUCGGUGACCAGCGGCGAGAGGCGUGGCCAGCAUAGCCUGAGUGUACGCUCCCAGAGCCCCGGGCGCCAUGCUGAGAUUGCCGCCGCCCACAUCGCCACCGUCCUGGUGGUGCGUCAGAGCGGCCGCUCGCUGGGUCUGUCCGUACGCACGCCGCGCGCCAUCGCCGACGCCUUCACGCCCGAGCAGGACCUGCAACUCUGUGUGUGGGGAUGCCCGGCAUCACAGCGACUGGAGACUUUAGCCUCUUACCUGUCCUUGUCCUCCUCCUCCCUCUCCUCCGCCAAACCCUCCAUAGUCGGCCCAGCACAUUGUGCGGCCCUGCUUCCAGCCAAGGAUGUUUACUACCAGGCCUGCCUGUUUGACCUCCUGGCCACAGGGGACCUCAACUCCAGCAUGGCCUCUGUCGCCGCCCUAGAGGACGCCCGGGGAAUGAUCAUGGACCCUGAGAAGGUGCAUCUGUUGCCAGUCACUGCGACAGGGGACAGACUCACAUCGUCUCUGUCUGUGGUCCUGGCUGUGACACUACUGGUACAAUGGACCGCCACACUAUGGGGGGGGGGGUCUGUGUAAAUGCUAGUGUUGAAGGGGUAGAAAAGUCUGGGGAGAUCUAAGAAUCUCAGGCCUGCGUUCACCCUUCAGGGAAUACAGACAGAUAACACCUGUUGAUAAAGGAGUGUUGAGUAUUGUAUUUAUAUUUUUUGCAAAAGUACAUUCUAGCAUUUUCAACUUCAUUUUCCUGCAAUUCAGUGUUGUACUUUAUUUAAUGUAAACAGCAUACUACAGUGGAAUCUGUGGGAACCUUGUCAUUACUAAUGUCUAUAUAAGUUAUUGUGUGUUGUGUCUGUGUGAUGUCUCGGAUUUAAACUGUUGUUGAAUGCAGUCUCUGUAUCUAUAUUUGUUAAAAAAUAGAUAGUGGCAUGUUUGUUAUGGCUCAAUAU